CGCAGCGGACAGCAGCUGAUUCAGUUUCAAACCUGCCACAACCAGAAAGCUAAUGCCGACAGACCACACGGGCUCCACAGAUACCGUGGAAGGGCAAAGACCCCAAACCAUUGUCAUGCCUGAGUUGAAAACAAACAAAGGAGAAUGACUGUGAAGAACAAAUUGUUGAAACUUGUUUGUGCCGACCCUUCUUCUCCUGAAGACUUGCCAAAAUUAGAAAGUCCCACAAAAACAACAAGCUCUCUCCGGAAUAACCCCUACUCACCAACAAGAGAUAUUUGAAUCCUGCCAUUGUCACUGUAACCUGAAGAAGGCCUUGUGAGUGUCCAUUUUUAUUAUCAUUACAUCACCUUCCUAGCUCAUUAAUUUGCCAUUUGGUUUUAUACAUAGGUACCAGACAUACUGUAACCUCUCAGUAUGAAGUCACAUAGACUUGCCAUUCUGCUGGAUCUAAGUCUUUGUCGUUAUCGGUGUGGAUUGGAGGCUAGGAUGGCGCACCUAACCUGGAGUGUAGAGAAUUAGUGGGACUCUAUCUACAUUACUACGUCCUCUCUACAUCUGUCUCUCUCCAUUGGAUUAUUGGACAACCAUACCCACAGCCAACAUGGAUGUGAGGACCAACAGACGAUUAUGGUCCACGUUUUGCAUGGCUGCACUUUGGACACCUUUUUCUUGUCUUUUUUCCAUGGCGGGAUAAGAGAAUUUUAUUGUGAAGAUGGGAAAGAGACAUUGCUACUAUUCUGCUUCUUUAUUUCUCAAAUCAUGGAAAUAUCUAUCACCUGACCAUACGGCAUUAAUUGCCUGGUUUUGAUUUGAUUUUUCCUCCUUUUUGUUGUGUUAUUUUGCUGCUUAAACUCUUUUCAUCAGACAUUUAUCAUCUUUUUUUUAUUUCUCCAGACCGAACUAGAGCUUUCUUUUUUACAGACUGGACCAUCUUUACCGACUGUCACCAUAGGCCCGCACACAGGUCUGUUUGGCCUGACAGAAAGACAUACUUUAGGGGCACAUUUGUGAGACAUAUGACGAAUAGGAAGGCCUACAACUAGGAUUUGAUAUCUUGCUGGAAAAGAGAAACCAGGGAGUCAAAGUCGGAGGCUAGUGAGUGACGGUUCGUGGUGGCAUGGCAGCAGAUCACAGCGAACUGCUGGCUGAGAUGGCCACAGUGGGGCGUCUGAGCGCCACAGAGCGUCUGAAACAUGCCCAGAAGCGUCGCGCUCAGCAGCUGAAGGGCUGGGCGCAGAUGGAGAAGGAUGUUGCCCGGGGAUCAAAGGCGAAGGGAGACAAAAAUAAGGGGCGCACUAGCAAGGUGAAAUUCCCCAACUCUGUCACCCUGCUUGAGGCAGCUGCUCGCAAUGACCUGGAGGAGGUGAGGGAGCUGCUUAACAGUGGAGUCAGUCCAGACCUGUUCAAUGAGGAUGGACUGACAGCUCUGCAUCAGUGCUGCAUUGAUGACUUUGUGGAGAUGGUGCAGUGCCUGCUGGACGCUGGUGCCAGUGUGAAUGCCUGUGACAGCGAGCUCUGGACUCCGCUGCAUGCUGCUGCCACCUGUGGACACACAGGACUGGUGCAGCUCCUGGUGCAGGCUGGGGCUGACCUGCUGGCUGUCAAUGCAGACGGAAACAUGCCCUAUGACCUCUGUGAGGACGAGGCCACCCUGGAGCUGCUGGAGAUGGUUAUGGCUGAACAGGGUAUAACUCAGGACCGUAUAGAUGAAUGUCGAGGCGCUAAGGAAAUGACAAUGCUAACAGACGUUCAGGCUCUGGUUCAAAGUGAAGCAGAUUUAAAUGCUCAGGACGAUAAUGGAGCAACACUGCUCCACAUAGCGGCAGCUAAUGGCUACAUGUCUGUGGCGGAGUUGUUGCUCGAGCACAGGGCUCAGGUGGAGGUGAAGGACUCAGAUGGCUGGACGCCACUACACUGCGCCUCCUGCUGGGGACAGAUUCAAAUGGUGGAACUGCUGGUGGCCCAUGGAGCCAGUCUAAACUCCAAGUCUGUCAUGGAGGAGACGCCUCUGGAUGUGUGUGCAGAUGAGGAGGUCAGAGCCAAACUGAUGGAUCUGAAGCACAAACACGAUGCCAUCAUGAAGAGCCAGGACCGGCAGAAAGGCACACUGCAGCGACGAGCCUCUAGUACUGGCAGCAGAGGUAAGGUAGUACGUCGUGUCAGCGUGAAUGAGCGCUCCAGUCUGUACCGACGGGAGCAUCACAAAGAGGCCAUGGUGUGGCAGGAGCGUGGCCGACAGCCCGAGCCACAGGACGAUGAUGAGGACAGACAAACGGACAAUGAGAUGCACCAGCAUGCCACCAUGGUUGCCAGUGGUAGAAUCUCAUCACGUUUGGAGGAUGGGCAGGCACCGGAGAGGAGGCUCUCCUCCAGCUUGGGGAAUGGAGGGACAUCUGUCUCUCUGGCCUCCUCUGUUCCUGGAGAGCUCUGGAGCGGUGGAGGCCGCAUGGAGCGCAGCGCCUCCUACCAGCUCAGCACCAGCUCAGGAGGUGCAUUAAUCCCUGGGUCUGGAGAGGGAGAUGGAGCAGACAGUAUGACACGGGAGAAAUCCACCCACACCCUUGCUGAUCUGAAACGCCAGAGGGCAGCUGCCAAGCUCAAUAAGUACCCAGCUCCUCCACCACCUCUUCCACCUCCCUCAGACGAGGAGCCUGCUGUUCCUCUGGCCGAGGCUAUACCUCCUCAGGCCCAGCAGGAGAUUCAAGAGACACCCAGCUCUGAGGAGGCGGCCACACCCAGCCACGUGUACUUCACCCCAGCCAGCGGAGAUCCUCCACUGCUGAAACUCCGAGCACCUGAGGAGGACCAAUCCAACACCAAGGAGCCCUGCUGUGGACUCAUGUAGAUGGCCUGGCAUGCUAACAUAAGCAUGUUCAUAGACACACACAUAGACAUACUGCCUUUAGAGUAGAGAGGCUGGGGGCAAAAUACUCCAAAGUGGCAAAACCUUUUAAAAACUGGCAUGUUUCUGAAGAAUUUUUGUUUUUUUUGUUUGUUUUUCUCAAGCAGUCGUUAGUGACUGCAAGAUGAGGCCACAUUUAUCAAUAUCCUACAGAGGAUUUGGCCUGUGCUGUAUUUCAGGAAAUGAAAGUGCAAUCUUUGUUUUUGUGCUCAUUUCCCUUCUGUGAUUUCUUUCAACAAUCAAUACCAUGUGCGCUUACCGUUAAAGGUCCAACCACAGCAGUGUAGUAUGGAAUCUGAAGGACCUUAGUCAGAUCUUAGGUGUCCAUCUAGUGGCUCAGAAGAGAACUACAAAUUCCAGUGUUACAAAGCUCUAUUUUGCUUUGGCUCCAUAUUCAUCAUUUUACCUUUGCUAAGCUACUCAGCCAGAUUGAUUUUUUUCAUUGAAAAGCAUUUAGAAGAAAUCAGUGAAUCUUAUCUGAACAAAUUAGAUUGGCCAUGCAAAGUGAAAUUAAAUUGAAACAGUGAUUGAUGGUUCCUGUACUUUUUUUUUUUUUUUUUUUUUUUUUUUUUUGACAGUCUGACCAAAUGAAUGAUAAUGUGCAGUUUGUGAUUGACUGAGUGUGACUUGAGAUGUCCACUAUAGCUCAAGAAGAUUUAAUUUAAGGCAAGAAUGAGUUUUGAUUGAGGAGGUAAAUGUUUUUUGGUAAACUACUGGUACAUGAUCUACAUCUAGAAUAUUCAUUAUAUACAGGAAUUGGGAUGAUGAGAGGUUACUUGAACAGGAUAGUUUAAUUUUAUAGUGGGCUUCAUUUGCAUUGCGCUUAAACGAAGGCGUAAACAAGGACUGUUUUCUUGUUUGAUCUUUUUUUUUUCUGACUGAAAAUAUACUGGAUGGGUUUUUACUUUUUUUGUAAAUUAAUAUAUUGCUUCAGUGCACAAACAAAAGCCUUCAUUUUGAUAUUUGUAAUGGUGCAAUUUGUAAAUUAAGGGUUUAUCUAUGAAUUAAUGUGAAAUUAUCUAUAUUUAAAUCAAUGAAAAUAUUUUCUCAGUGUUCACACCAUUAGAAACUCAGAAAUUCUGUCAAGAUUUCUAUUUUUCUGUCUUUUAUUUUUCUACCCUCUGGAAAUUAUAUUAUUUAUUCUGUCUGAUGUAUUGGACAAAGUGUACAGCUCUUGUACCAGUUUUACAGCAAAUAAUUGGAAGAGUGAGGGCAAGAUAUCUCUUGUUUUACUUUAAAGGGCAUCAGAGAGGUGAUAUCAUGUCAAACCAAGCAAACAAUAUGCCGAUUUAUCAGGGACUGAUGCCUUCUUCAGGUGUGGCACAGUUAUCCCAGGUUUGCUAUGCUCGCCCAAAGUCCCACAUGUAGAUUUAAGUCAGCACUGGGAUAAAAUGAUCUAUCAGACAUGGACUCCACCUUGAUGUACUGUCGAUGCACUCUGAUUUCUCAAUUACAUUUCAGUUUUGUUGGUGAUUUGUACUGAGGUUUGUUUAAAAAAAUAGGCUUGUUACAUUUUCACAGAUGAUUUUUGUAUUGAUUUUAUUUUAUUUUGUAAUGCAAGUGGUCUUACAGUAAGUGUGUCGACAUUAUGGCUUAUUUAUGUACUCUAGUUAUCUGUAGAAGGGAGGGAACUGGGGAAACAAAAACAUUUGAAAUGAAAGGUUGAAUCAUAAGCUAUUUUUUUUUUUCAGCUUUUUACAUAUUUCAGUCAAACAACUAUUGUUAAGGAGCCCUUGAGAAAGGCAUUUAAUGCCCAAAAGCCAAUUAUAAGUAAAUUAUAUUUGGGUUCAUCCAUCACUAUACUGUUGUCAAAUACAAAGUAAAUAUUCAGCCGGAGUACUAAGUAUGUCACUUUGAUUUUCUGCUUCCCUUUUGCUGUCUCACAUAAAGGAACUUACUAACUAAACUUACUUACCAAAAGUAGGGGUUUCAUCA